CACCCAGUGAGUCCGUAGCCUAUAGCGAAGAAUGAUGAGCAGGCGAAGGUGGUCUUUGUAUGUGCGAUCCCUCAGUUUUAAUUUUCCUGCUGCUCGGUCAACCUGGAUCCUACAAAACGUAGAGUUGUCUCGUGUCGCACGUAUUUCGCUCAAAAAACACCAUCAGAAGGCUAUCUUCCUCUUGUGCGGCCGGUCAAUCUUCGUACGAAUAUCGUGCUUCUUCUAAUUCCAUUUCAUUUGAUAGUACUGGUGUUUCCAGCUUUUGCAGAAAACACAAACAGCAAUCGUUGAAUUUGUCCGACUCUAGUUUUUUCCAAUCUAUACCUAUUUUCCCUAUCUUGACUUCUGUGCCCGAAGAAAGGAUGUUGGGAUUUGAUAAGUCGUGUACUGUGUAAUUAACGCGAGGAUUAUCCUCAAAAAUUUCGCUUUCAAAACGAGCGUACUAUAUUAACAAAAAUGGACAAGGGUAGCCGUGUGUUUCUACCGCGGCUGUCUUUCUCAGGUAGUGGUACGAGAGGCGCGAGGACAUCGUUCAUGCUGCCGCAAUUCGUUUUGCUGUUGCUCUCGCUCCAGUUCUGCUCCCUCGUACAGAAAAUCAUACGCGAGGAGUUUGAACUGUUGGGGUUGAGUGGAAUUGGAAGCGGAUCCCCGAAGAGUUCGCUUGUGAUUCUUACGAAUGCUGCCCGUGUGCCAUCGCUGGCUGAGACUGAGAGGCAUCUCCUCGAUUCUGAAGAGGAAAAGACUGGUGAUCGCCAGCAAGAGCCGGGCCAGGAAUUGCACAAGAACAGGCGAUCGCUGUCUUCCGCGCCGCUUCUCGAAGGCGCUGCGCCAAGCUUAUUCUCCUUGUUCGCCUGCCACCGUGGUUCGAAAGCCUUGGCAAAGCAAAUACUCCGAAACUGGAGGGGGCUUCUGUCUUCAGGACGAGACAUGUCUGCGGAUGACGAGGCUGACGCAGAUUCCGAGCAGAGAGCGUCGCUGCCGAAAAGAGCCACAAACUCAAGCUUAUUCUCGCGAUGGAAAUCACAAACCUGCGCAACAGGUGGUCUACUUUUGUCUUCUGAACGAGUCGAAGUUCCUGUUUACAGUGUGUCGGGUGACCCCAUUGCCACAGUAACUUUAGCAAAACCGCACCAAGUGAGAGGACAACCACAGCCCGGCAACCACGACGCACCUGCUGAAUUUUCCGGUCUUUGCAGUCCAAGCGAUGAGGCUAAGCGUUCUUCGGUUUUGCAAAGACUCUUCGGCAACGCGAAGCGGCACUACUCCGGUGGCGCUCUUGCAGGUUUUCCAAGAAUUAUGUUGCCAGGGGUUGUCUACUUUCCGCGAUAUGCAACUUCGUCCGCUGAAGGUGCUUGCACAUACAAACUUUCCGCAUCAGCAGCCCAGGACCCCGCCAGCGUGAGGCAGCAGAAGCGCGAGGUGUUUGAGCAACUGAUAAGGCUUGGGCUCGUCGAAGCGGAUGCUUUCUACCACGACACACUGAUUUUCAACAAGCCACCCUGACAAAU